CCUGGCAGACACCCACAGUGCUAUAGAAAAUUAGUGGCACAUUGGACUCAACUAACUUUCUCUUCUUCCUUCUUCUCUUCUCUCCCCUUCCUCCACUAGGAGAAGCUUAAGUGGAGGAGGAGGAAGGACAAGAAGAAGAAGAAGAAGAAGAAGAAGAAGGUGGUGAAGCUUUCACGUUAGUGAGCUCAGGAUCUAGGCUUGGAAGAGCCUCCAAUAAUGGCGGCAGCACCGCUUAAGUGGGCGAUCUUGCCGCCCUCGCCUUCCGGCCUCUCCACCUCGCCUUAUUCCUAUGCUUUCCUGAAACUAAACACAGCCCUUCAAAGAACAAGGAGUUGGCAGAACGCAAUGCCCAGGAUUCGGAUGGUGCGCGCAGAGAGCAGGUUCUCCGGGACCAGACUGGAGCAUUCUGGCCGGAUCAGACCGGAAGUAAAGACCGGCAGCUUCGCCGACGAUGGUGCGCCGAUGGCAGGGGGGAGGAGAGGAGUGGUGGCGAAAGCACAGAGCCUGGAGGGGGAGAGCAUACAGAGGGAAGCCGUCAGCAGGGUUCCAGAGAGGGUGAAGGUGGUGGCGAUGGUAGCCUUCGUUAUGAUGCUCUGCAAUGCCAAUAGGAUCGUCAUGUCUGUUGCCGUCGUUCCCCUCGCCGCCCGCUACGGCUGGAGCAGCGCCUUCUUGGGCAUCGUUCAGUCUUCAUUUCUAUGGGGUUACUUCUUCUCGUCCAUAGCAGGGGGAGCCAUGGCGGAUCUGUACGGAGGGAAGAGGGUGAUGGCAGUGGGAGCAGCGGUCUGGUCGCUGGCAUCCUUUCUCACCCCCUGGGCUGCCAACCAUUCAACUGCUAUGCUUCUUGCCGUCCGCGUUCUCUUUGGCCUCGCCGAAGGCGUCGCUAUUCCUUGCAUGAAUAAGAUGCUAUCUGGGUGGUUUCCAUCUAAUGAACGCGCCAGUGCAGUCGGCAUCUCAAUGGGAGGCUUUCACAUGGGGAACCUGAUAGGCCUGCUUGCAACUCCACCUCUCAUGGCAAUGCUUGGGAUCACCGGACCCUUUGCACUCUGGGGAGCCCUUGGCUACCUGUGGCUGUCCUUAUGGGUUCCAGGCGUCACCAGCGACCCCCGCGACAGCCCGCGGGUCGACCCAGUUGAGCUCAAACUCAUCCAGGCGGGGAAGAACGCAUCAGUGACCAGGACCAAGGAGCUGCCUGAUCUCCGGCUCCUCCUCUCCAAGUUGCCUACAUGGGCAAUCAUCUUUGCCAACGUUACUAACCAUUGGGGAUACUUUGUGCUUUUAUCAUGGAUGCCGGUGUACUUCAAAACAGUCUUCGACGUCAACCUAAAGCAAGCUGCCUGGUUCAGUGCGAUUCCAUGGGGGAUGAUGGCUCUUUCCGGCUACGUCGCAGGGUGGGUCUCCGACACGCUCCAAUCACGCUACCCAGUCACCCAAGUGCGCAAGAUAAUGCAGUCAAUUGGGUUCGUCGGACCGGGCGUGUCCCUGCUAUGCUUGAACCAAGCCCAGUCGCCCACCGCAGCAGCAAUAUGGUUGACCAUAGGACUUAGUCUCAGCUCCUUCAGCCAGGCCGGCUUCAUGCUCAAUAUGCAGGAUAUUGCUCCCCAAUACGCUGGAUUCUUGCAUGGGAUCACGAAUUCUGCCGGAACAUUGGCAGCCAUAGUGAGCACCAUCGGCACCGGCUACUUCGUGAAGUGGCUGGGAUCCUUCCAGGCUUUCCUGACCGUAACUGCGGGUAUCUACUUCGCAGCCACCAUUUUCUGGAACCUCUUCGCCACAGCGGAUCGAGUCUUCUAGAGUCCUCAGGAAAAUCUCAUUUCUACAGUAUAGAUUCAUGUUCUGCUCUGUCGGCAGCUUGAAUUUUGUGCGACAUUAAUGGCUGUUUCUCUGGCCAAUGGAAAGUACACGGUGGGGAGGUGAAAUUUUAUUUUGAAGUAGUAAAUAAAAUAGUUUUUUUUUUGUGUAA